AUGGCGGCAAUCAACUUAAGACGUCUUCUGGCUGUAAAGAACAAUAUAAUUCGUUUGCUGUUGCUGGAAAGACGUCAAAAGCGCUUAAAUAGGUACAAAAAACGGUUCUCAGUUAGACAGAUUUAUGCAGAACGAAAACAGAAAGGCGAAUAUCAUCUUCUUGUCAAAGAGCUUAUGCUUCAUGAUCAAGAAUAUUUUUUUAACUGUUUUCGGAUGUCGCCAACUACGUUUGAACAAUUACUGUCUUGGAUAGGACCACUUCUCCAAAGAGCUACCACUAAAAUGCGUGAGCCAAUUGGCCCUAGCGAGAGACUGUGUGUUUGCUUAAGGUACUUGGUUACUGGUGAUGCCCAGGUUACAAUUGCUGCAAGUUACAGGAUAAGUGCUGCAGUUGUGGGAAGGAUUAUCAAUGAAACUUGUGAACUGUUGUGGAACACUCUGAUUGAAAAAGGUUAUGUUAAGCACCCGUCAACAGAGAAUGAAUGGAAAGUAAUUGCCGAAGAGUUUGAGACUUGUUGGAACUUUCCUCACUGUGUAGGUGCCAUAGACGGUAAACAUGUUUUAAUGCAGGCUCCGGGUAAUUCAGGAUCUGCUUACUUCAACUACAAGAAAACGUUUAGUAUUGUUCUUAUGGCUGUGUGUAAUGCCAAGUAUCAGUUUACUUUAGUCGAUAUUGGAGACAUUGGACGACAAAGCGAUGGUAGUGUCUAUGGUUGCAGUCAUUUAGGUUAUGCCAUUGAGAAUAAUCUACUGAACAUUCCAAGUGAGAGCAAGCUAACUAAUUCAGAGAAAGUCCUGCCAUACGUGUUUAUUGGUGAUGAUGCGUUUGGUUUAAAAACACACAUGAUGAAGCCUUUCCCUUCACAAAACUUACCACUUGACCAACGUGUAUUUAAUUAUAGAUUGUCGCGGGCACGAAGAGUUAUUGAGAACACAUUUGGUAUAGCAGCCAGUAGGUUCAGAAUAUUCCGCAAACCAAUCAUUGCAAAUGUGGAGAAGGUUAUUUUGGUAACGAAAGCCGUUGUUGCUCUCCACAAUUUUCUUAUGACAAUUAAUUCAUCAAGGGACAAUUAUAAAUACUGUCCCAGGACCUUCAUGGAUCAAGAUGGACCUUCGGGGUUAAGAGCUGGGGAAUGGAGAAAAGAUAGAAAUGCAGUUUUGGGGUUGCAGCCAAUUUCCAGAACUGGUUCAAACAACUAUUCAAGAGAUGCUGCUUCAGUUAGGCAAGGAUUUAAAGAUUAUUUUGUCUUUGAGGGAGCAGUGGAAUGGCAAUGGGAAUUAGUAAGUCGCACCGUUAUUCCCUAUGAUGCAUUUUUGGAUAGAUUAACUCAACCCAUGUAG